AUGCUCGAGGGCGAGAGUGACGGCAACAACCUCAGCACCCUGAACGGCCUCGAGGUUCUCGGCGCCCUCCGCACAUCCAGCGAGGCCGAUCAAGCGGCCAACAACACCUCCCGCAACGCCAGCGGCAAGAACCAACGCAGUCGCGGUCCCAAGCGUGAGUCCGCGCGCGAGUCCGCGCGUGAAUCUACGCGCGAAUCUGCUGCCACUAGUGUGGCCGAAGACCACGAUAGCGUCGUCGGAGACUCGCCCGGUGACCCAAGCCCCAAGGUUGGCCCUUCAACCACAGCGAGCCGCUUGAUCGGAAAGGCAGGAAGCCGUCAAGGUAGUGUACCAGCAGGCCGCGAAGCUUCCGUCAAAGCCGAUGACGGCGCGGAGAGCGCGGACGGAGUGAAGGUCUCAGCAUCAGAGCGUAACAAGCUCCAAGUCGGCACCGAAGUCUGCUACAAGAACAAAGCUAAAGCGGCAGAAGGCGAAGGCAUCCUCUGCAGCAUCACCAACGUAGUCGGAGAAGGGAAGCAACGCCGCUAUGAGAUCAUCGACUCCGACACUGACACCCCCACUCCCCCUACACCUUACCGCGCUAGUGUUAAUUAUCUUGUCCCUAUUCCAUCUUCCAACCUAGGUCUCCCGGAUCUGGCUCCCGGCAAGAAUGUUCUUGCAUUGUACCCUAUGACCACUACGUUCUACAGGGCUGAAGUUGUCGCAUCAAAGAACAAGAAGGAUGGCCCAGCUGAGCUCAAGGAAGGCUUUGUGCGUUUGCGUUUUGAGGGAGAGGAAGAGGUUGGGAGGAAUGAGGAUGUGGAAAGGCGUUACGUUCUUGUUGCAUGA